AUGUGUCGGGAGAGGGAGGCGGCGAAGGAUGCGGAAGCACACGAAGAGUCGGAGACCCCCGCGCAAGGCAGCCGGGAGCCUGCCUUGCCCUUGGGCACUUUGUCCGGGGAGCUGGUGCCGCGAGAAGAGGCGUCGAUAUCGGCCCCGGACGAGCUGGUCGCUGCUUCGCUCCGCAGGCGCGCCUUGCAGAGCGGAAGCCGGAUGACUUGGCCUCGGGUCAGGCUGCCGGUGACGGCGCAGGCAAUGCGGCGAUUCGGGGACGCGUGGCCAGAGGUCCUGGCCCGCUGCAUCUCAAACCUCCGCCCUGAGGGCCCGGCUCAGCCGGUGGAGGUGGUGGCCGUGCGGCCCUUGGAGGCGGAGCUCUUGGCCCUGGCCGAGAGCCGGGAGAAGGUCCAAUGCAGGAUCGGGGAGGAUUCGCUGCCCGCCGUCGGCAGCCUCUGUUGCAUGCAGUGGUAUGGUGACUUGGUCUCCAUGCUAGACCAGGAAGCUCUUUCGCUGAACAUGUCGGAGGCCAGCCUUGGCUGUUGGGUUGUGGAGUUGGCGCUCCAGCCCCCAGCAGACUGUGACGAUGCCAAAGCGUUGGCAGAGAGCAUCUCUCAGCAUCUGGCGCCCCUCGGAAAGUGA